CACAAUCUAGAUCGAGCUUCCUUUUGCACUUCUAAGCUGUGAAUACGCUGGUCGCCUUCAACCUAUAUGAUGAAAGUCUACAAGGCAUACUGUGUUACUUUGGAGUGCUUUAGGGUGCAGCCACCGCCCUUUCGGGUUUGCUCACAGCCUCAGCCUGGUUUUGAAGCGGCAUGAGUAGAGCUAAGCUUCUCGAGAAGUGCAAUGUACGAGGCUGAGUCUCAUAGGUUCUCUCGUGAUGUCCACCAAACCGUCCAUUACUGUUUAUUUACCAUCGUUGGAUUUGCCUACUUACUCUGGCUAGGAGAGAAAUAUACUACAGUGUCAUUUCGAUCUUCCAUAUCAACCGAUCACAAAGACUUGAUUAGGCCAGCUGCAUCGAUAUUUUAUGAAGCAGGAAGUGUGAAGCACGGCGGACUUUAAUUCAACGCCAGAUUAGGAGGAUCCUACAUACAACACGAUUUAUCAUAUAUGUGAUACUUUCAGUCGCCUGCCUGCCCAAUAUCUGAUCGAACAAGAUCAUGGCAUCCACGACCCCGACGGACGCCAAAACACCACCCACCCUACUUACCCUCCCCCGCGAAAUCCGAGAUCUCAUCUGGGAGCUAUGCCUCGUCUCCCCCACCUCACGCGUCCUCCCCGUCUACUACCGCACCUUCCCCGCCGCUAACCCGCCAUCGCCCUUCGUCUGGACUGCCAUACGGCCCCUUCCCCUUCCUCGGUCAACAGAGGACCCCUACUACACCGCCACCACCUACGACGUCCCCGCCUACGCCGCCGCCCUCCGCGUUGCUGUCACCAGGACUCUGCACCUCGUUCCCUGCGCCCCUACCACCUCGGAGCUCCUCUCCCCAACACUCCUCCCACUCGCCCACUCCCUCCCUCUCGUCAACCGCCAGCUCCAUGCUGAAACCGCCGGCAGAUUCUGGGCUGCUAACACGCUCGUCCUCCCUGACUACGCGGUUGGGUGCGAAGUGCUGGCGUAUCUUGGUCCGGCUCGCCAGGGGAUCCAGCGCGUCGAGAUGGUAAUCGGGAAUGUGUGGGACGUGAAACGUUUCCAUGGUUGGCAAAUCAUACUGAUGCUUAAUCAGUUGGAGUGGCUGGUGCGCGAAGGGGCGCUGGAGAUGCUGAGGCUGAAGUAUGUGGUCGGGGUCGAUGAUGGUUUCGAGAAUCAACCAGAAGCGUACAGCCUGUGGUAUCACAUGCUGCUUCAGAAUCGAGAAGAGAGCGAUUGGGGGAGGUGUAAGAGGGAGCUGGUGUGGGAGGACGAGAUGAAGCCGGACAAUAUGCUGCCUCAGUUAGAGCGUUCAUGGGGGUUGAAGGAAGACACGCAACUCGUAACUGCUUACCAAUUGGGCAUAAUUAAGAGGCGGUGGUGGUAAUAGCAAGCAUAUAGAUAGCUAUCUGUCUAAUAAUCUACUUGACGGCUAGGUACUCAAAUGGAUAUGCCGGAGACUAAUGAAGAAGUUGGCAAUUUCAAGCGGGCUAAUGUCUGGUUUGUCGCUGGGACCGCGAAACCACGCGAGAUUGAUGGCUCAACGGAGAUCGGACACCAAUUCAUCUACCAAGGCAGUUACGUGAAAUAUAACAUUCAGAUCCUCAAGGGCAACACGAACUAUAACAUCAGCGCCGAGUAUCACCUGGAGGAACUCGUGAAAUAUGAUGUGUUCAAGCUGUGGAUCAGGGACGUUUUUAGAGGGAAGUUUUCUAAGUAGACCUAGGACAGAGUUGAGCUAGAUCGAUCCCUCCUGAUCGAUCCCUUCUCAUUAGUCU